AUGGCAUCCACAGCAGUCGACGAAACGGGCAAUGUCAUCAAUUCAGAGGCAGCAGAAACGCACGGAACGCUCGCGAAUCAGGGCACGAACACGUCAGACGCGACGCGCGAGCACCGAACAGCCCACCACACAAGUGAAUCCCCUCCAUCUGCGUCUCCGCUUUUCGCUCUACCAGUCGAGAUCCGAGCGAUGAUCUUCGGCUUCGUCUGUACCGAUGACCCUCAAAUCAAGCUUCCUGGCCCGCUUCCUGCUAGUAUUACCACCAUCAUGCUUGCAUGGAAAGACCCUAGCUGGACGUCUGAGGUGGUCGAGGCAGUCUAG